GACAGUUCGCGUUCGAAUUGUCAAUACGUCGUCUGAGAAAAUUUUAUCAUCAUCUCCGAAUCGCUCGUUACUGUAUGUUUUGCGCGGAACGUUAGUGAAUUUUGUGCCCUGUUCGCGUCGUGUGAUUGCCUGGAGUAUUCCGUAAUGUAGAGCACUGUUCAGUGCAGAACCGGUGCGAAAAAAUUCCCCCAUAUCAGCCAUAUUCGCGCCGAUGUUUGUGACUGGAAAAAAGUGGAAUCCGUACCGAGUGAAAUUUUGUGCUCUCGAGCAGAGCUGAGAAAGCUGAUUAUUACGAGGGGUUUCUUCCGAACGGCAGGUUUAGUUAGAGAAGCGACAGCGGAUAUACGCAACGAUGGCACUUGACUCGAGUGUUCUGCCUUCGGAGCUGGUGACAGUUGCUCAGCCACUGGUCGGCUUGUCCGGAUUGGAUGUGCAACGAAACAACACCCACAAGACUAUUUGGGAUGCCUUCAUCAACAAUAAAAAGCCUGACGGUGAAUCAAUCCAGUACAAAUUACUUCCUCAGAAUUACGAAUUUCCCGUGUCGAAACCAAAACAUCAAUCUUACGAGUGGUAUCAUCCGAAGGGAAUACUGAAGCGAAACUGGAUGUUGAAGCAUCUGCAUGUUCUUCCGGCGGUGGUUGUGCUCUUUCAAGAUCUUGAAUGGAAUGAUCCACAGUGGAGCGAAAAACAGCUUCAGUGUGCUUCUAUGAUACAGUCGUUAAAGAACUCGCUUCAGGGCAGAAAUACACGACUAGCAGUAGUAUUACUUCAAAAAGGUAUCUCUCAUUCUCAGGGGGAAGAUUUGCUAGCCUCCGAACGAGCUGCUCACCUGACCAGCACCUGCGAUAUCAACGCCAAAAUGCUCUUCGUGCUUCCCCAUGGUGACCACUUGGUGGGUCACAUCAUGAGGCUUCAGUCCGCUUUUCUGGAACUUGCCCAAUCCUAUUACGCCCAAAUGAUGAAACAGAUUCGGCUGCAUCGGGAACAGCUAACGGAUUCCCAUCAAAUUCUGAAGAUUCGGCAUCAGUUCAAACUUGGUUUCAUCUCGGAACUCAAACUAGAUCAAUCGAAUGCCCUGCGUCACUAUCGUCAGACCUAUGCGAAUCUCGAGGAGAUACGAGUGGUCGAUACCAACUGUUUGGAGAUCAAAUCUAUUGCUGGUUUCGUGAACUACAAAAUUUGUAGACUAUUCUUCAAACUGAACACUCCCAAGGAUUCGAUAACUCACUUCAAGAAUCACAUCAACAAAUAUCGCAGCCUAGCCGGCUUCAAGGAACUGCUGUUUGAACACUACGCGUGGCUGAGUGUGCAAUACAGUUCCUUCGGAGAGUUGUUUUGUGAGGCGGUAAAAAAUGGUCUCUCGCCGCUGCAGACGCAACAUCCGGGCAUAUAUUUCCACAAAGCUGCGGAGUACAUUAGCAAGCGGAAAGAGGCAUUCCUGCAGUGCACAGCCCUAGGACCAGACAGUGAAGGACAGUCGGCGGCUUCUGCCGGACAGCCAAACUCCAACUCCGUACUAUACAGUGACUUCUUUGGCAUUAGGGGCACAAAAACAGGUGAACCUGUAUCAGAACAGCAGAUUAUUUGUCUGGUGCAGGAGAUGGAAAAGUCCUACAACCAUUCGGCGGCCAUCAUCACUCUACUGGGCCAAGCGAUGGCCCAAUAUAAGGUAUACAAAUGCUUACGCUUUCGCAAGAAACUAGCGAUCGAUAUGGCUGAGGAGUACCUCAAAUGUGGCGACCAUUCCAAGGCACUCACGCUAUACUCACUGAUGCUUUCCGACUAUCGAGCCGACAAAUGGUUCACGAUAUUCACCGAGGUGCUGCUGAAAACCCUUCGAUCUGCAUACCUGUCCGCUUCGGUGCCGGAUUUUGUGGCAUGCAGCAUUGAAACGCUGUCACCUCGAAUCGCCAUGGAGAAGUCUGAUCGUAUCCUAAUUCUAGAGAACCUCUGGAAGGUCUUCCAUAAUAUAUCGCCGGUAUCCAGCAGUCAAAUUGCCCCGGAACUAUCCUCCAACUGGCAAACUGCGCUUAGCUCCUUCAGCAGCCCGGUCAAGCUAGAUCUCGACCGUUUGAGCGACCUGUUGGAGUGCAAGAUAACCUUCGACAAGCGUCAAAUUAGGAACGACGAAAAUCUUCACCUCCAGCUUUACAUUCGCUCCAUCUCUGAUGUUCCUCUGAAAUUGAAAAACUUUUCCGUCCUGCUAUCGGACCUCAAAUCGAACUCGGUUCGCGUACCAGCUGUGCAGUACUCCGAGUACCUGGAACCAGGAACGGAGGAGGAAGCUUGUCUGAAACCGAUUGGCGAGUUCAUUCUGGAACCACAGAAGUGCUAUCGAAUACUGUUUGUUGGAGAGCGCUACCAAUUCAUGGAAAACGUAGAUGUACAUAUCUUCCGGCUGGAGAUGGAAAUGGGCUCGGACCGCACAUUCGUCGUCCUCUCGCAGCGUGAGAAACUCAACGUUCAGCGGAUGUUCAAAAACUUCAACCCACACCAGGACUGCUUGGAGCGGAUCGCUGUUAUCAGUUCAUGUUACAUCAUUCCAACAUUCCAUUUAGGGUCCCAAACCAAACAGAGCAACCAGCCUAUGCUAACGAAUGAAUUCUACAAAAUCACCACCAAGAUAAUAAACAACUCAGAUCUUUGCUUGAAGAAUGUCGGUAUCAGCAUUAGCGUGCCGCAACCCUUGCGCAAUAACGUGUUUCUCACGACCGAUCUGAGUCCCGCGCUGCAGCGAAUCAAUUCCUACGUCCAGAUCGAUAUCGGCGAGCUGCAGAUGCAGUCCGCCACCAGCAUAUCCUACUACGCAACGAGCUUGAUCGAGGGAAACAUCGAGCUGCGCCAGCGGUUGUAUUACCAAACCGAGAAUCUGCACCAGGUGAAAACGAGCGGUGGUGCGAUGAUCGAUUCGCCCUCGACGCCGAACAGCGAGAAGGAAGGGCUCGCGAAACUGAUCGCAAACAACGAACGGGGCACCCAAAAGUACGGCAAUAGUCAUAAUAUCAAAUUCGAGUACAUCACGGAGGAGCUGGUGCGCAAGAUCAAGGAGGACACCAUUGUGGUGCCGUGCGUGGAAGAGUUAAAACUGACAGGGCGCUUUUACACGCUCAGCAGGCAGCCUCUGGUGAAGGCUUAUAAGAACGAGGACUUCAUUCUGAGGAUUGCUAUGGAAGUGAAGGCACCGGACGGGUUGGAUAUACUCGAGACGCAGUUCAUAAGUGACCACAACAUCGUAGAGAAACCCUACAAGGGCCAACCGAGUAUCGUUGGUAGCAAGCUGCGCCAGAGCAGCCGUUUCGAGGAUCUCCGAUUGCUGAACCCAACAAACUGCACUCGGGAUUGGAUUACUCAGGGCGACUAUCUGAACAACGACGUCCAGCUCAAGUUCAACCGAAGUCGGACACCGGACCACAGUGCGAGUGGUGCGGCGACGACCAGUCGCCUCCCGCCGGACGACCAAUUCAACCGGAGUCUGCUGGCGAAGCUGCCCACCAAUGCAACGAUAAUCGGUAGCACGAAUGCCAACCUUACUAACCAAUUGAACUUACCACUAACCACCUCGUCCAAUUCCUCCACAAAUGCCGCCUCUUCGGGAUCAUCUCCUUUACCGCCCCAAACUCAUGCAGGUAUGAUGACAUCGUCAACGGGCAGCGCUGAGGAUUUCAAAAUCAAAUCAUUGCCUUCCAGCGAUCAGCCGAAGGAUGACUUCAGCAAAAGCUUAGCGCAAGUUAAGAACAUCUACAAUCAAGCAAUAGACUGUGUUCAGUUGACCAAUAACGAGCGAAACGGGUUUAUAAACGCGACCAUAAGUACGUCGUCAACGAAUGGUGCUAUGGUGACUCGCGGACGAAGUUCGGAACCGGGAAAUAGCGGGACAGCGGAUACAUCAGGUGACAAUGGUGACAGGAACCUCAUCUUUGGAGUGUACUGUGUUCGGUGGUCUCGCUCGAGUUCGCCCAAUGUGAUCAAUGAGUCCAAAUUUGUGAUCAGUGGUAUAGAGGUGGUAGACCCUCCCCUUAACAUCUACUGCUAUCUGGAAACGAAAAUGUAUGUACGAGUUCCGGUAACUCUACGAAUCACGCUGAAGAACCCCACGCGGAAAAUUCUUCACCUGCAGGCGGUGCUGAACAGUUCCGAUAGUUUCAUGUUCUCCGGACACAAACAGCUGAAAAUAUCGAUCUUUGCCCACUCCGCCUACGACCUGCUGUUCAAUCUGUAUCCCCUGAAAGCAGGAUGGCAACCACUACCCGAGCUACAACUCGACUAUGCUAAUCCCACCAAUGGACCAAGCAGCAACAAACAGCCAGGCAAAAGCACGACCGUGGUCAGCAACAAAAUGAGCACCUCGAGCGAAUCCAUCAGCAGUCAUCCCGGUGAAGCGGGAGAGCCAAGCAGUGAAAAUCUCGAAACACAACUCAAAGCAGAACUGAACUGUUUGGUCAAACGGUGGAUGCCCAAAAUGGUGUUCAUCCAUCCGCCAAGGCGCUACUGAGACAAGGGGCGAGCGUUGGAUAUCGGAGCGUCAUUCGAACGUGUAGUUGUUUACUAGAGCCUUAAUAAAUUCACGAACGAGAGGUUCGCCAAAUGUGUACACAUUGUACACCGCCCUCGAGAGCACGUGGAAUUUCUACUACUCUUCCCCUUUCUUAGUUUGUUAUUUGUGGUGAUUACCGAACAGAACGGAUACAGUCAUGAGCUAGUGCUAGUUACGAUUAUUACCUAAACUAUGUAGCGUUUCAUCCGAUGGGACCCAUUCUUAAUUCCAAUGUGGUGCCGUUGCAGUAAAGUUGUAGGAACGAGUUUUAAUUUGUAAUAUAUAGAUACUCCGCAGGAGUUUGGGAAGAGAAAGAGUAGUGCAGCAAUCGAUUUACUACCAGUAGUAGUUUUCAAAGUUAGAUAAAUAAAGUAGAGAAUAUGUAACACGAAAUAAGAACGUUCGCAGAGGUAAUCUUCUGAUAUGUGAGAGCGCCGAGAGAUGAUUAGAAAAUAUUCAGGAACGAAAAUACAAGAUAUAAUAUAGUUUAUUAAGUUGGAAAAAAAUGAGUCGGACAUUCUAUGUCAUUGUGCAUGUUUAUUUCCGUUUGUCAGUUUUUCACUUUUGGUGGGAAGUGAAUUUAGUACAAAAAAGAUGAUGAGGUAAA